AUUUUCAAGGGCUCAUGAUCACUGCCAGAUUUUCCAAAGAGCUGAGCUGAGGGGAGCAUCUCCCAUGGAGGCCCCAGGGCCCUGUUUCCCAAAGCAGCUUCCCCCGGCUGAGCUCUUCUGAGAGCCCGGCGCUCCAGCUUCCCGUCGCGGGUGCUUUGUGGGGCUCGACUCCCGUCCUGGCCGGAUCCUGCCGAUCCGCCGGGGGCUGAGGCGAGCAGCUGCCCUUCCCCUCCCCGCCAGAAGGGCCGGCUCCAGCGCCUGGCUUUGCGGGUUCCCCUUUCGGCCGCGGCGGGGCGGGCUGACGCCGGGGCUUCUCCCACGGGUGGGUGGGAUCAGGCUGCCCCGUGCAUGACAAACCCGCUGCGCGCUGGGGAGCCGCCGGCUGCUCGGGGCGCGUCGGAGCCGCCGCCGGGCUGGGGCUGGGGCUGGGGCUGGGGCUGCGGCGGAGAGCGAGCCAGAGCCGCGCCGCGCCGGGCCGGCAGCGGGUCCCGAUGGGGGGCUAGCGGCCCGGCGGCUCCCAUGGUGAAGCGCGGGCGGGCGGCGCGGCGCGAUGCCGGGGCGGGCAGCCCGGAGACCAUGUUCGAGAGCUCGCGGAGGAUGCGGAGCCUGUGGGACGGCGUGAGGCUGGAGGUGGCCGGCGAGAGCGGCGGCCGGCCCGUGGUGCUGCACAGCUUCACCCAGCUCGACCCCGACCUGCCCCCGCUGGAGAAGCUGAGCCCUGGCAUGGCGAGGGAGGCCGGAGCAUAUGGUGCAGGCUGUUUGGGAAGGAGAGGAGCACAGUUGAAGAGCUCCACGCAGGAGAUCGGAGAAGAGCUGGGAGACGGAGUGAUCUACAGCAUAUCGCUCCGGAAGGUGCAGCUCCACCACACAGCCAACAAGGGGCAGCGAUGGCUCGGGUUCGAGAACGAGUCGGCCUUGAACCUCUACGAGACAUGUAAGGUGCGGACAAUAAAAGCCGGGACCCUGGAGAAGCUGGUGGAGUAUCUGGUCUCAGCCUUCAAGGGCAAUGACUCCACCUACGUCACCAUCUUCCUGUGCACGUACCGGGCCUUCGCCACCACCAAGCAAGUGCUAGACCUGCUGCUCAACAGGUACGGCAAACUGCACGUCCAGAUGAAUGGGGACCACACCAGACACACUGUGGAUGAGAGACUGGAGCUGAAAAACACCAUCUCCUCCAUCCUGGGCGCCUGGCUGGACCAGUAUUCUGAAGACUUCCGCAAGCCCCCAGACUUCGCCUGCCUCAAGCAGCUCAUCUCCUACGUGCGCCACAACAUCCCUGGCUCGGACCUGGAGCGGAGAGCACGGAUCCUGCUGGCCCAGUUCCAGCAGCAGGAGCACAGCGAGGCAGAGGCAGACGCUGCGGACCAGACCAGCUGCACCUUCCGGAUAGUGGAGGAGAACGGGCUGGGGGAGGGGAAGCCAGACUUCCUCGCCUUCUCCCAAGAGAUGGUGGCUGAGCAGUUCACGCUGAUGGAUGCUGAGCUGUUUAAGAAAGUGGUGCCUUACCACUGCCUGGGCUGCAUCUGGUCCCAGCGGGACAAGAAGGGCAAAGAGCACCUGGCCCCCACCAUUCGCGCCACCGUCUCCCAGUUCAACAGCGUCACCAACUGUGUCAUCGCAACGUGCCUGGGGGACCGUUCCCUCAAACCGCAGCAGAGGGCCAAAGUGGUGGAGCGGUGGAUUGAAGUGGCUCGGGAGUGUCGCAUCCUAAAGAAUUUCUCCUCUCUCCGAGCCAUCCUCUCCGCCCUGCAGUGUAACGCGGUUCACAGGCUGAAGAAGACCUGGGACGAGGUGUCACGGGAGAGCUUCCGCACUUUCCACGAGCUGUCGGAAAUCUUCUCGGAUGAGAACAACCACUCGCUGAGCCGGGAGCUUCUCAUUAAGGAGGGGACGUCCAAAUUCGCCACCCUGGAGAUCAACCCGAAGAGGGCCCAGAAACGGCAGCAGCAGCAGCGGGAGAUGGGCGUGAUGCAGGGCACCAUUCCCUACCUGGGCACCUUCCUCACAGACCUAGUGAUGCUGGAUACUGCCAUGAAAGACUUCCUGGAUGGGGGGCUGAUCAACUUUGAGAAGAGAAGGAAGGAGUUUGAAGUCAUUGCCCAGAUCAAGCUGCUCCAGUCGGCCUGCAACAACUACAGCUUCACGCAGGAGGAUCGCUUCGUGGAGUGGUUCCAUGGCGUGGAGCGGCUGAGCGAGGCUGAAAGCUAUAGCCUCUCAUGUGAGAUCGAGCCCCUGUCCGAGUCGGCCAGCAACACGCUGAAGGCAAAGAAAAACACAGGCAUCAUCAAGCGAUGGAGCGACCGGCAGGUGCCGAGCGCCGAGCCCUGCACUAGCGGCAGCUCCCAUUCCAAAUCCUUCGACCAGCUCAAGUGCGGGCAGUACCUGUGCAGCGGGGACACGGCCGACUCGGUCAGCGUCACCUCGGCUGGCUCCAGCAGCUCCGACGUGGAGGAAAUCAACAUCAGCUUCAUCCCCGAGUCCCCCGACUGCCAGGAGAAGAAGGUACGGGGCAGCUCGCUGGGCUCUCCUCGCACCCAGGCGAUCAGGAGCCAGUUUUGGGAAUGCACCUCACUCUCCUCCCUGGACACGUCGGGGAUCGGCUCUGGCUCCAGCAGUGCCUCCUCCUCCUCGGUCUCCUCCACCCCGGUGACGGCCUCGCGCACCCACAAGCGCUCCGUCUCGGGCAUCUCCAGCUACUCCUCCCUCUCCCUCCCCCUCUACAACCAGCAGAUUGAUGACUGCUGCAUCAUCCGGGUCAGCCUGGCCGUGGACAAUGGCAACAUGUACAAAAGCAUCCUGGUGACGAGCCAGGAUAAGACCCCAGUGGUGAUUCGCAAGGCUAUGGCCAAACACAACCUGGACGGGGACCGGCCGGAAGACUACGAGCUCGUUCAGAUCAUCUCAGAGGAAAGAGAGCUGAAGAUCCCUGACAACGCCAACGUCUUCUACGCCAUGAACUCUGCCGCCAACUACGACUUUGUGCUAAAGAAGAGGGGCUUCUCCAAGGGCGUGAAGAUCAAGCACGGCUCCAGCUCCACCCUGCCCAGGAUGAAGCAGAAGGGCCUGAAGAUUGCCAAGGGCAUCUUCUAGCCAUGGCUGGGCUGCGCCCCUCGCUGACUGGGCUUCGAGGGCAGCCUGCUCUGGGCCUGGCUGCUGGUCUAUCUUAACGCCACCCGGCCUGGGUGAGGUGAGCCAGCCUGACCCGCGAGGAAGGGUGUCGCUCUCCUGGAGCUGCAUGGGCGGGUGUGGCUGUGGCCUCUCAGUGGAACCCUGCGUUCCGAGCCGGGCGCUCUCCUACACGCAGGCUGGGUUUUUAACUCCUUCCAAUGCGUGACGCUGCUGUGGCCGUCGGGUCGCCCCGAGCUGGGCCCUGCCUCUCUGCCUUAGGUGCCUUCUGUCAAAGAGCGGAGGAGAGGACUACUUGCCAAGGGCCCCCUUCACCUACCUGCAGGGGGGGCACAUGCAGGGAGUUUUAGCGGACUCCCUGGAGCGAAAGAGCUGAGCUGUCCCUCUCCAACGGGGUGUAUCCCCUCCUGUGCUGAGUCGGGCCCUGAAGCUGCUUUCCCUCCAGGUCCCUCAUUCCACUUCUGGGGUAAACUGGCAGCAUGACCAUUUUGCAUCUCCCACCUGCCCCUGGGGAGCUGCACUUUGCCUCUGGACCAUUCCCCUAGGGACACGAAACUGGAAACCACGCAGCUGCUGCUCCACAGGAUCGGUGGGGCAUCCUUGGUGUGAUGACCUGGCCGGUGGCUUUGACGACUCAGCUCUGCAAGGCUGCUUUUUCUUUCUACUGAUCCUCUGGGUUGGACUCCCGUGUCCCUCCAGUGCUCUGUCACUUUCAAACCUGCACCAAAGAUCAAAUGCCAGUGUCUCUUCGUCGGCAAAAAAUACCCAGCCGGAACUGCCAUCUGAGCCAGGAGGAGCGGAGCCAACUUCUGUACAAAUGUCUGUAAAUAGAGACUUUCUUUUUGGUUGGGUGGGAGAGGAGCAGCCAGGUGGGGCUAACAGCCCUGGGCUCCAUCCACCCAGCCGCCAGAAAGUGCCACUUACAUUGGGCUUUACAAAGACUUUUUUAAACAUUUGACAAUGAAAUGGAGGAGGGGUGUGAGCAAACUUUUGUAAAAACAAACCCCUGAUGUUUACUGAAUCUUUUUCAAUAUUUAUUGGUUGUAAAUAGGACUGUCAAAUGUGUACAUUUUUACUAACCCCUCCCCGCCCCCUGCUUGUCUUUAAAGUUGCUGGGAGCCAUCUUUGUAAUGGCUGCCUUCUGUUGUGUGCAGGAGUGGAAACUUUUCCACGUCCCCUUUGUUUCUUUAUCACUAACAGGGAAUUGCUUCAGCAGGGGAGAGAAAAAGCGGAGUUUUUUAAAUCACUGAACAAAACACUCACAGUGGGGGCUCUUUGUUCCUGGAGCUCCUCAAGCCCUUUCCUGUUUAUGCCCAUGCCCCUGCCCAUUGUAGCAAUGCUGGUGUGCCUGCCAGCUCUGGGAGCAGACAGGACCUUUCCUGAACAAGCCUGUAGGAGUGCUAGUCCCUGGGAGCUCUGUCUCUUAGGAGCCAGUUCUGUAGGACCCUGUUGGAAGUUGCCACCUGACCUGCAUGUCUCAUCUGUGCUGUGACUUGGGCCACGCAGGGAGGAAAGCUAAGACAGAGGUAUGUAGAGGUAGUGUCAAGCUGCGGGGAGCAUGUGGAGGGAAGCUCUUAUCCCAGCACGACUGUAUCCAGCGCAUGCUGACCUUUCCCGGGACCUGCCUGCUCUCUUCCACCCCACUUCUGUCUCUAGCAGCUGCUUCUCGGUUGGGUUAGUAACUCCUAGCAGGGCCUUGGGCCUGUCACUCUGGAGUGUUGCUGCUUUGGGGUCUGGCCUGGGCACUUUGUAAAGGGCAUUUGUUCAUGCAUCUGCAUGGGCCUAAGCUUCAGGAAAUAAUCUCUCUCCUCUCCUUCCCUCCUCCGCCCCCCAGCUCCUGCACAUGAAGGGAGCCAUGGCCUCCUUGAAGCAGGAGCCCCUCCUCUCUCCAUGGCCUGCCUACAGCACCAGAGCUGCUCCUGCUACCACCUGUGUCUCAGUGGCCCCUUUGCCAGGCACAGCACUUAACAAGCUGGACCUCCUCCGCUGGAGGCUGAACGAGCGACUGCACGGCUGUGCUGCAAACCAAACCUCUCCAGCUUCCGCCAGGCAGCUGAACCUGUCCCCUCCUUACCUGAGGAGUAUUAUACUAUCAGGGGAGGCUGGGAGGAAGAGAUCCUUCACCUCCACGCAAGGACUCUCUGCAGAUCAGCCAGCAUGGCCAGCCUGCAAGCCUAGGGCGUUCCCUUACCCUACACUACGCUGUGGCAGAAAGUGCCUAAACGCUACUGUCUUGUGGGGGCGCCCUGGCUCCAGAGGAUCCUACAGGGUGAACUGUCACUGUGAAAUAUUCCCUUAACUCCCUAUGAGAAUGUGAACACCCCUGCACCCCACACACUCACAAACUGACCCCACCCCCACUGCCCUCUCCACUGGACAGCUGCCUGCUCAGCUUUUGUACUGCUCUGUGCCUGAACACCUGUGCCCACUCCUGAAAUUAAAGGCAGGGCAGGGUCAACUUCCCUGUCUUUCCAGGUGGGCUCAGCUCGCCCCGGUGUAUAUGUGAUCACUGAAGCUGGAUGUAUUAUAUGUAUGUAUUUUGUAACACAACUUCAAUGAAGGAGCACACUGAGCGGUGUGACAUGUACACAGCAAUGUAAUUAGUCUUUGCAAUAAAAUACCAAUGUGCAAAUGUCACA